AUGUCUACAACAACACCACAACCACGAUGGCGCAUCGCCGUCGGCUGCGAUGACGCCGGCAUCAACUACAAGAACAAAAUCAAAUCCGACCUCUCCUCUGACCCUCGCGUAAUUUCCGUCAUCGACGUCGGCGUUGCCCACGAGUCUCAAGACAAGUCCACCGCCUACCCACACAUCGCCGCCGCAGCCGCCAAGCUGGUCGCGUCGGGCGAAUGCGACCGCGCCCUACUCAUCUGCGGCACCGGACUAGGGGUGGCCAUCGCGGCCAACAAAAUCAAGGGUAUCCGGGCGGUUACGGCCCACGACAGCUUUUCCGUGGAAAGAGCCGUGUUGAGCAAUAAUGCCCAGGUACUGUGUAUGGGUGAACGGGUGGUCGGGCUGGAACUUGCGCGGAGACUGGCGAAGGAGUGGUUGGGGUAUGUGUUUGAUGAGAGUAGUGCUAGUGCGGAGAAGGUGAGGGCUAUUCAUGAGUAUGAGGGGAGAGAAGGGGGUAGGGAGACGGAGUGGGUGAAGGGGUGUUAG